GCCAACUAGAGCGCGCACGCGUAGGAAGAGUUUAAAACAUUUCGGAAAAGUGUCGUAAAGUGAUCAGAACGCGUCAUACGCACGCCACAGUGGACUGUUCGGGACUUUGGAGCGCGUUAGCCCGGUUUGGACUGAUAGCUGCCGUAAUCUGCCGUUUCCAAGGCCUCCUCCGUCAGCCCAGCUCCGCAUUGCACAGAAAGAGAGCGCAGCAGCAUGUCUACACACUUCAGGAGCGGCCCAUCCUUCGGCCUGUCCGCGGAGGUCAAGAGCAAGCUGGCUGGAAAGUACGACCACCAAAAGGAGGAAGAGCUUCGGUUGUGGAUUGAGGAAGUGACCGGUCAGAGGAUUGGGGACAACUUCAUGGAGAGUCUCAAAGACGGAGUGAUACUAUGCGAGCUCAUAAAUGCUCUCCAGCCUGGCUCUGUGCGAAAGAUCAACCACUCCAAUCAAAACUGGCACCAGCUGGAAAAUAUCGGGAAUUUUGUGCGCGGCAUCACAGAGUACGGCCUGAGGCCUCACGACCUCUUUGAGGCCAAUGACUUGUUUGAGAAUGUCAACCAUACUCAAGUUCAGUCGACACUCAUCGCUCUGGCUGGAAUGGCCAAGUCCAAAGGUUUCCAUUCCAAGUAUGACAUUGGAGUGAAGUACGCAGAGAAACAACAGCGGCGAUUUGCUCCAGAAAAGCUCAGAGAGGGACGCAACAUCAUCGGCUUGCAGAUGGGUACCAACAAGCUGGCGAGUCAAAAGGGCAUGACGUCCUAUGGCACACGGCGCCAUCUCUAUGACGCAAAGAUUGCAAUGGACAAUCCUCUGGACCAGUCCACCAUCAGCCUUCAGAUGGGCACCAAUAAAGGAGCCAGUCAGGCUGGCAUGACUGCCCCAGGAACCCGGCGGCACAUCUUUGACAAGAAGCUGGAGCUGGAGAACUGUGACACCUCCACCAUCUCUCUUCAGAUGGGCACCAACAAAGUGGCUUCACAGCAGGGCAUGACCACCUAUGGCCUGCCCCGCCAAGUUUACGACAACAAGUACUGCGCCAAUCCCACCGAAUACUUCUAUGACAACGGCGACGCAGUGGAGUUUGAUGGCUACAACCAGUACUCUGACUGAAGACCCCAAAAUUUAACCCCUUUCUGCAGUCUUGCUUCAAACAACCCAACACCACUGUCACCGAGACUAUUAUUUGUCCGGCAUUGAUGUCAUUGUUGAUUCCAUUCCCCACAGUUUUUCUUCUAAACAAGCAUGUUGUUUGUCUUUCCUUGAGUAAAAGAAAAUGGUGGUUUACAUUUAUAAGAAAAUUGGCCAACUUUUUGGAAAAAUGCCUUGACAAUUUGUAUUUCGGUCAAUAUUAUCCAAAGAGAUGUUUUAUAAUUUUUGCUAUUUAUAAGUUGUUCUAGUGCUUUUAUUUUUGCCUUUUAGGGAGUUGUUUUCUUGCCACAUUCAAGUGAAAUGAAUGCUAAGUGGAUAAACGUUUCAUGGCCAUCUUGGUGCUAAUGAGCUUUUUGUAUUUGCAGAUUUAUGGUAAUUUUUGUAUUGUAAGAACCUGCGUUGGCUUUCUCUAUGCUCACCUGCCGGCUUUAAAGUGAUUCUAUUUGGCAGGGCAAGAUUUAUGAUAGUUUUGUUCAGCUUAUUGAGGGAUAUUUGUUAAAAGAUGGGGGAAACCAAAUGCUUUUGACAUUGAUUGUAAGUAAUACAUUAUGGUUUUAUUGUAUGUUUAGUUUUACAUUUUUGCUCUUCUUGCCAUUGCUACCUAGCUUCUUCACUUGUGUGUAAUUAACAGCAAAGACAGAAGAUUGAGGUGUGACCAGAGCAUGGCAGAGGCGCAUAUGUGUUUCUUGCUUCAUACUGUUGUUAACCCACCGAACGACUUGAAUGUAUUGUGUGAUGUAUUUUAGGGCUGAAGCUCCCCCUGGUGUUAAUUUCCACAAUGACAAUACUGUGUUCUUUGCGGCAGAGAUCAUUUGAGGUUUGAAACUACAACUAAGUUGUUGUUGUGCGCCAUCUAGUGUUGUGAGAUAAUUCUUGCCAUUCUUUGAUUUUACUAAAUUAAAUAACAUUGAAAUUUUAAAUACGAUUUCAUAAAACUUAGAUUUUUCUUCUAUAAAUUAUAUAUAGAUUUAUUGUAUAUUGCUUGUUUUUAUUCCCAUAAUUGUGAGAGAAACUUUAUGUAAAAUGUAUUGCAAAUGAUUCAUCUUUGGUAUGUCUGUCACUAAACCUGGCAUUUGUGCAAUAAAACACUUCAAAUAUAAAAGUGG